UCGUGCAUCUCGCCUGCGAAUGGCCCGCGGAUCUUACGAUCUAGGUCGCUUAUCCUGAACACCCUAGAUUUUCGCUCGUCAAGGAAUUCCAAGCUCCAUAUAUCUCGGCAUGCUCUCUUCUCCCUGCGUGCAGACAUCCGACCUGGCGUGCCCUUGGUUGCUGUUGCUUUCCAAUGGCAUUUUCGAACGAAGACAAAAUCGUGAACGGUGUUGACGAGUAUGAGCUCGGCGAUAACCAUGUUGCCUCCAUGCGCAGCAGUGCUAUGGGAGGCACGCAGCACGAUGCCCAGGACAUGUAUCGCAUGGGAAAGAAGCAGGAACUGCGAAGGAACUUCCGUCUGAUCUCCAUUGUCGGUUUCGUCGUCGUGCUCCAGUCGACAUGGGAGAGCGCUCUUCUAUCCGCCUACUUCGGGCUGUUCAACGGCGGGACUGCGGGUGUGAUAUGGAUGACAAUUAUCACCUGGCUUUUUGUAAUGGCCAUGAUUGCAUCACUGGCUGAGAUGGCAUCCAUGGCCCCCACUGCCGGCGGCCAGUACCACUGGGUUAGUGAGUUUGCCCCGAAGAGUUUUCAGAAGUCCCUUAGCUACAUCGUCGGCUGGUGCUGUGCUAUGGGUUGGGUCUCGGGCAUCCCAGCGUGUGCUCAAAUGCUUUCUGGCCUGGUCAUCGGCCUAGUCCUGCUCGUCAACCCUGAAGCUCAGAUCGGGGAACUUUGGCACGUCACACUUAUCAUGUUCCUCUGGCUUUUCCUCAUGAUUGGCUUCAACAUAUUCCUCGCGCAGCACCUCCCACUCGCCGAAGGGAUCAUCCUCGUCCUCCACGUCUUAGCCUUCUUCGCCUUCCUAGUUCUCUUUUGGUCCAUGGCCGAACGAUCCCCGGUUGAAGAAGUCUUCACAACGUGGACAAACGGCGGUGGGUGGAGCUCCAUGGGAGUCUCUGCUCUCGUUGGCUUGUCGACACCUCUUUGGUGCUUCAUUGGUCCAGAUGCUGGCGCUCAUAUGUCGGAAGAACUCAAGGACGCCUCCGCGGUCCUCCCCAAGGCCAUGAUGUGGGCUACCUUCUUCAACGGCAUGUUCGGCAUUGCUAUGAUGAUCACCUUCGUCUUCUGCGGCGGCGCCCUCGACUCCGUCCUCGAUUCCGCGACAGGCGUUCCCGUUCUCCAGGCGGUGUACAACGCUACUGGCUCUAUUGGAGGCACAGUUGUCAUGGGAGUGCUGCUCGUUAUCCUUACCUUCUUCGCCGCUGUUUCCGUGACGGCCAGCUCCUCACGCCAGAUCUGGGCUUUCGCUCGCGACAAGGGUCUUCCAUUUUCGGCAUGGAUCGAAUACGUCCGUCCGGGCUGGGAUAUUCCCGUCAACGCUCUGCUAGUCUGUCUUGGAGUGUCGCUCAUUCCCGCAUGCAUCAACUUCGGAUCGGACGUAACUCUCAACGCAAUUGUCUCCAUCUCCAACGCUGCCCUCAUCUUCUCCUACAUCAUCUCCAUUGGCUGCGUCCGUCUGAAGCGUCUCCGAGGCGAGCCGUUGCUUGCCCGUCGCUGGAGCUUGGGCAAGUGGGGAGGCGUCGUCAAUGACUUUGCUCUUGUCUUCCUUGUCGUCGCAUUCGUCUUCUCGUUCUUCCCAAUGACGCCCAAGCCCGCGCCGGCCGAUAUGAACUGGGCCGCACUCAUGUUCGGCGCUCUCGGUAUAUUAGCUGGGAUUACGUACUUAGUCAGCGCGAGGCAUUCUUACAUUGCGCCGGUCUCGUUGGUCAAGCAAGAGUAGGGUUUGGACGAGUGGUGCUAUUUCCCAGAUUGGGGAUCCAAGAAGGAAGCGCUUCGUCUAGAAAAAUGCAACACUAUGACCCUUAGGAACCCUCCUGCGGCACACAAUCGUUUGAAGAGAGGGAGUUACGGAAGGGAAAUGAAUACAAAGGCCCUAUAGAAGUGUGGCCGUUGUAGUAUCCGGAUGAGCGGCCAAUGAGAUCGCAUCCUGAUGUCAUGGCGACUUCACUGACGUCUUCGAGCAAUAUAUACGAACAUCAAGCCCGAGUAACUUCAGCCUAUUCUCCAUCAUUUUAUAACCUCC